AUGCCGUCAUCCAUCUCAAGAUGGUUCAGCAGGACAGGACAGCGCCAGAACCUUGACGAGGAUCUGCUUGAGAGCGCCGUCUACGAACCUCUGGUCCCUGAGGCAGCACAACUCAGAAGUCAGGAGUCUGUCUUCGAACCGCGACGUACCCAGAGUUCAUACUCUUUCAGCAAUUGUUCGCGGGUUUCUAUCGUUGAGCCAGAGACUUCCAUUAAGCCACCUUCGCUCUACUCUGAUGAUAUCACCCUGGCACCGUCGAGUCUGGCGCCAUCGAGUCAUCGCCAAUCCCGAAACAUUCAUAUGACUCUUUCUCCACGAACAUCGACACUCAAUGUCCCCAACGUUUAUACUGAUUCCUUUUUGGAUCCUUCAACACAAACACUGGUCGGAGCUGCACCCUCGAAUCCAAACCCUUUUGCUGAUCCAGAUGAGAUCUUAUCAGUCCGAGAUCCUCGCCACAACCGACCUGUUCUCUCGCCGAGGUCCUCUUCGUUGAACAUCGACAAGCAAAAAAAUAUCGAGGUUCGAGUACAGCCUAUCCAUAGCAGCAGCACGAUUGAAAAGCCUGCGAUGGUUCUCAGACCGUUCAUUGCCACCCGGGACUUCAUCUUGUCCCACAUCAGCCCGAAGACUAUCUGGAACAUGUUCGAUGUUAGGGAGCUUCUGUGGCCCAUGACAUGGAAGAAGUAUGCGGUGCUCACCGCAGUUGCCUCACUGAUUGCUGGAAUUGUUGUGUGCGAACUUUACUUUCACUGGAUCCAGUCAGCCAUGGCUAUCACUCGUCGCAACAUCUUGGCCGUUCUUGUCAUUGUUAUCGCACUUGAGCCUGCAAUGAUCACACUCAUGCUGCUCAUUGCGCGCAUCCCAGACGUGCCAGCCGCGGAGGAGACCAUCUCCGCGCACGACGACAUCGAGGCACAAAAGCAAGCCAUGGACGAGAAGCCAGAGAGAACCGACAAAGAACAACGCACUGCACUGGUAAUUCCAUGCCAUAAAAGCGACCACGAGGCCUUCCAGCGAGUCAUGGAGUCGGCUUUUGUCCAUUUCCACCCGAGCAGCAUCUUCAUCAUUGACAACGCGCGUACGAUGCACCCUGAGAACAACAUCUUCCGAAACUUUGUUCGCAGCCUACACCCUGAGAUCAACUACAUCUGGUCACCUAUUGGUAGCAAGAACGCAGCUCAGCUUGUCGGUGCGGUUGCGGCAAAGAACUUCGACUUCAUCUUCACCGUCGAUGACGAUGUCUGUAUACCUGCUAGUUUCCGCGCCCCAGUUCACAAGAUCGACGAUGUGACUAAAGGUGUUGCCUUCCCACUCAAAGCGACCAACGCUGCUGGCGACAUUCCGUUGUUUCUUGUAGCCUGGCAGGACGUUGAGUACCGCAUGGCUGGUCUUGUCAAGCUGGCUGAGUCUGACAUCUGCGGUGUCCUCUAUCCUCAUGGCGCUGGAUGGUUUUGCGAGCGCGAAACCCUUAUCGACCUUAUUAGCAACUACCAUUCACUCGACUUCAUCGCCGAGGACGUCAACACUGGUAUUUCCAUGCAGAAGAUGAAGAAGCGCAUCGCGUUCGACGCGAGCUGCGUUCUCGAGACUGAAGUGCCAACAACCUUCCUUGGCCCUGGUCUCAACUGGUACAACCAGCGUGUUCGCUCUUGGGAGAUGGGCCGCCAUGGCCGUCUCCUCGCUUUCAUGGGACGUAUGCUCUUCUCCUUCAACGGUCAGACCACACUCCAUGGCAUCUUUGGGCAAAAGUUUGUUCAUUUUUACUCUAUUGCUUGCAUCAUCGUUGAUUGGGUACGCAUCCCUGUCCUCGUAACGAUGGGCAGCAAUGGCGCGUACUGGCGUCAGGCUGGUCUCCUUAUGCUUGUUUCCAUUUUUCCUGUCCUGGCGUACAAUUACAUCUCCUGCCGUCGUCGACCUGACAUGCGUACACCAUUUUGGGGCGCAAUGACUAUUCCAAUCUACAAGCAGAUCUACGCAUUGGUUUCUCUUGUUGGUGCUGUUAGGAGCGUGCUUUUUUAUAUCGGCGGUCACAACAAACCAAAGACUGUCAAGGAGAUGGUCAAGGACGGUGACGAGCGCGCCUUCUGGCUGGAUCCACGUUUUGAGACCAACCCGGCGUUCUUGGCUGAUGCGAUAGAGGAAAAGGCGUCUUGA